AUGGUCAACUUCUCUCAACUUCCCUACGAACUGCGCGAAAAGAUAUGGCUCGACACCAUAGAGCCCCGGCUUGUUGGUCUCAUCCCUCGCCGGGUUGGAAGAGGUCUUUGGAGUGUAAAAUGCACCGUUCGCCCUCCCGUUGCCAUGCAUAUCAACCGAGAAGCUCGUGCCAUCAUGAACAAGCAUUACCAGUACCUGGAAGCCCGCACUGUUUUGAAUCACAAGUUGGUCUCAUGGCCUUAUGAAAUAUGGCCCAUUGUCCUGGAUUCCUCGCCGUGUAUCCUAUUCAACUUUGACAUUGACACCCUUCAUUUUGCGGAUACGACUCCUCCUGAUAAGCCUCUGCCGGAUACCGAAGCGCAGAGAGAGAAACCGAAAAUCCCUACAAAUGCCAUGGAUCUGCUUAUCCUUAAAGAAUCCAUGAGAGUGUUCGAAGGACCGGGAUUCCGUGGAAUGAUUGAUGCAUCCUCGCGCAUCCAGGACUGGCCAUAUCUUCUAGAAGCCAAGGACAUUAGCCUUGAUUACAUCUAUGGUGGAGAUCCUGGGUUACUCAACUGGACGCGCAUCCGCUAUGUCCGAUUCGACUUCAACAUGUUCCUAUCAGAUCUCGCGAUCUGGUGGGGAAUCAUGCAUCCUUUUGUGAAAUGGAUGCAGCAGGCUGCUACACGUGUCGAGGUCUCAAGUGACCCGAUCAGGAGCUGCGAUCUCGUCAUGGUGAGCGGCAGAGGAGACAAGAGGAAGCUAGAGAGAACGCUACGACUUGCUCUUCGGCCAGAGAAGGAAUCCGAUGCAGACUAUCAAUCAUUAUCUCCUAUUGAGCAGCUAGAGCAGUACGGUGCGGUGGUGUUUGAAGAGGUUCUACCUACGCCUGAGAGUAAGGCCAUUCUUUACGAGGUUGUCGAUCCCCUCAUUGGAAAUGAGGCAAUCUCCAAAUGGAAACAGUUUUCGAUUAAUCAAAGAGUUUCAAGGCCACCAAAUCCCGUGGUUCUUCCCAGAGCAACAGCAUUUGGAGUAGAUAUGGAAGUGUUGUGGCAGAUGGCGAAACUUAGAAGGGGCUUGGUUCAUGGCGAGAUGUCCCCAGUUCAUGGAUUGUGUCUUGCAGACUAUGGAAUAGACGGCGGGUUCCGUGGCAGGACUUGA